AUGGCCGACCCCCGUGUUGAAGAGCUCCCCGAUGAGGAGGUUCCCCAGAACGUUGAGGAGGCCAGCGACUCCGAGUCCGAGGCCGGCGAUGCCACCAUUCCCGCCGGUGCUGCUGUCACCAUCCACUCUCGCAACGAGAAGAAGGCUCGCAAGGCCAUUGCCAAGCUCGGCCUGACGCACGUCCCCGGCAUCACCCGUGUCACCCUCCGCCGCCCCAAGAACGUCCUCUUCGUCGUCAACCAGCCCGACGUCUACAAGUCCUCCAACAGCAACACCUGGAUCAUCUUCGGUGAGGCCAAGAUUGAGGACUUGAACGCCCAGGCCCAGGCUUCCGCCGCUCAGCAGCUCGCUGCCGCCGAGGCUGCCGGUGACCACGCUGGUCACGACCACGACCACGAUCACUCCGACCUUGGCAAGGCCGUCGAGCCCAAGAAUGAUGAGGAGGAGGAUGAUGGUGAGGAGGUUGACGAGACCGGCCUCGAGGCCAAGGACAUUGACCUGGUCGUUGCCCAGGCCAACGUUUCCCGUAAGAAGGCCGUCAAGGCCCUGCGGGAGAACGAUAACGAUAUCGUCAACUCCAUCAUGGCUCUCAGCAUAUAA